AUGGGCUGCAAGAACUCCAAGGACGCGACGCUGGCGCGAGCACCGAUGCGCCCCUCGACGCCGUCCUUCCACGCGCAGGACUCGAAGCUCUGGGCGUCCGCCAGCGGGUCGCAAGCCAACGAGUCCCGCGAGGAGCCGCCGUCCUUCGUCGUCUCGGACAGCGCCGACCUGGUCGGCAGCUCGGACGGCGAGCCGGUGCACGGCAUGAUCAGCGCCUUCACCUUCUCCUUCAUCCAGGCGUCCGAGACCAGCAGCACCUACUCGAGCCUCGGCCUCGACAGCUCGCUCGUGUCGGACGAGACGUCGCCCGGGCCGCCCGAGUCGCUCACGUUCGCCAUGACGGGGGACCCGAUCGAGCUCACGCCCAUUCCAGAGGAGCGCUCCGGCCCGCGAGACGGCGUCAGCAAUGCAGCGGUGCCUCCGAGCAAUAGCGCAGUAAGCGAGCCUGAGGGCGAGUCAUCACCGGGCGCAGCGGCGCAAGUGCUAGAGGCGAGCAACGCGGUGAGCGAGUCCACGGUGACGGAGUCGAGCGAGCUGCUGGUGAACGACUUGGACGCGUCAGGAUUCAGCCACCGCAGCGAAGAGAGCAGCAACCACAACAACACUGGAGACACAAGGCGAUCCGUGACGGUGUCGGACGGCAGCGAGGGCGGCGAGUACAUGGUCACGGAGACGGGAGCUGUCGUGCGUCAAGUCGGCACCGUUACAGAAGCCUCAGCUGCUGAGGAGCUCGAGUCCAUUGAAGCCGUCGCUGCGGCGGUCGUGCAGGAGGUGGUUGACGGUGCUGUGGCUGCCGCACUAGCCGACGGCAUCCAUGAACCGCGUGAUCGCGCGGCUCUCAUCGCUCAGAGCAGUCUGCAAGUGGAGAUCUCGAGCGCCGAGAUCUUCCACCUCAGCUCCAAGCCUCAACCAAACGACAGCGCGUACGUCGCCCCGAUCUACGUCAUUGCGGGCACGUCAACCGACAGCAAGGGCGUGGUGCUGUACCACGUUCAGCUCAUGGACGAGGUCACGGACAGCGCCAAGUGGACGGCGCCGCUGCUGCGACGCUACAGUCGGUUCAACGAGAUGUACGUGAAGCUCAAGGCCUCCAAGCUGCCCGCAGCCUCCAAGCUGCCGAAGCUGCCUCGAGCCGGCGUGGCGCAGUUCGUGCGAGGCCGACAGAGCAAGAAGACGAUCGAGGAGCGGCAGCAGCAGUUCUCCCGCGUACUGCGCUACGUCGCCGAGCACCGGCAGCUGCACAACAGCGCCGAGUUCCAGAGCUUCCUCACGCAGUAG